AUGAAAGAGAAGAUAACCGAACUCUACUACGACAAUGGAUAUCAGUUACGACUAGUCAAGGAUAUCAUGUGGUCGAUAUACCAGUUUGGGGAGCAAGACAGGAACGCGUAUAAUAGACGCUUCAAGAAAUGGGGUAUCUCCAAAAACAAGAACACAGUGGGCUCACAAGAUCGAACGAGAGCUCGGGCAGUACAUAAAGCCCCUCAUCAACGUGUCCAAGAAUUGGUGCUAGCAGCCGAUGAGUUUGACAUGCAUAUGCAUAUGACAAUUGAAGUACCUGAAACACUUCAGUUCAAGCAGUUUGAACAUCAUGAGGUGGUCCUAAAGAGUGUGGAUGACUUCAUUUAUGGAGUGUUCGACUCGGGGAAAGAGGGCUGGUCCGCGGACGUCACAAGUUUCAUAGACCCGGAUCGCAAGAGAUGCUCUGCAACCUAUCAUUGGCGAGUCCUCUCUGACCGAUGCCACAGCGUCGCGCUGCUGAUUCGUGCCAAUCUACAUUCAAAAGCAGAGAUGACCUUGGAAAAUCUCUUUCAGAAUCUGGCAACUGUGGACAAUUAUCGACACCCGGCGUUUAUGGUCGAAUUCUGGCGACUGUGCAUCCGCAUUCAGGGAAUCGACUGUCACAUCCCUAGAGCCAAUGCUAUGAGCCGACUUUUUCGGGUAAUCAAAAUAACACAACAAGUCGGCAGCCCUGUUCACCGACUCAUCAGCUCGCUCAGCUCUGUUGACGCAAAGGAUCUGAGAAACGUACUACGCAUCGGAUAUGUCAAGGCCAUCAGGACAUUUUCAGUUCUCAUCGGAGAUGAGAAUGUCAUGAUUCUCGAUAUGUUAUCUUUCUAUUGCAAAUUCUUCACCACAGCAUUUCUUACACGGCAAACCCUAAUUGCGAAGUUCGACUAUGUAUGGCACCAGACGUACGAAUUGCGCCUUAACAACAGUACGGCAAGGGUUGCCAUAGACUAUGCGUUCGCUUAUGCCGCGUAUUACGUUAUUGACGCACCUUAUCUCGCUAUCGGCAUGGCCCAGACUCUCCGAGACACCAUUGCCAAUGGCCCCUGUCUCAUUGGGCGUUUAGAGUGGACACUUGAGACCGAGGCCUUCUCAUUCUCUUCCAAAAUUGUGGCAGAACUACAUAGACAACGGGCCAACCGAGCAGAGAAUUGGCAAGCCGCAAGUGGAGAUUACAGUAGGUGUUGCGCAUCUAUGCAGGGCGCCAUUACCAAGUUGGAGCAUGGCGACAGGGAUUGUCGAACUCGAGCAGCGAUGCUAUCCAAAGUUCUCAACCGAUGGCUUGUGGAGUGGGAAUUGCAGAAAGAAGCUGAUGAGGAAGCGUUGCGGACUAGAAGAAUCGAGGACAGUAUUUUAGGAAAACCUUGUACGAGGUGCGUGCGCAACCAAUACUGUACAAAGUGUGCAUGCGCCCUCGAAAACGGCAAGUUACGAGACGAAGGCUGCAAUCGAUGCAAGGAGCACAAGCUCUCUCGAAUGUGCCAGAAGUGCGCUGCUCGCCAGAAGAAUAUUGGAUGGAAACCUUCAGACAAGUGGCUCCAAGUUCGCGGGAGGGUACGACCUUCUUAACCAUGGGAAAUAUGUGGGAAGCUGGCUAUUAUGCGUUGGAAACCGCC